AUGAAUCCUCUAUUACGACCACCACUCUCCGCCGCCAUUACUGCUCACGCCAAGACUGCAGUCCGGUCACAGGUUCGAAAAAUAAGUUUGGGAGGGCACAAAUCCAGCAGGACCAUGUAUGCUGCUGCUGCUGCUGCUGCUUCUACAUGCAGUUCUUCUUCUUCUACUGUUGGUACUACUACAGCUGGAUUCUCUACUACUUCGCCAAUGAAUCAACAGGGACGAUGGAUGAGCUGUAGUAACAUCCUGCAAAAUUCGAUAACAUCCGAGCCAUCCAUUUCGGCUGCCAAAUCCUUGCUAUACCGCUCCUUUCAUGCGACUCCUAGCCAAUUGGAAGAUGCUGCUGCUGCCGCUGCUGCUGUGGAUGCCGCCCCACAAGCAGGAGGAGAAGACCCUACUAGUACUAGUGAUGACGAACCGCAUCCUACGGAGAUUGAAUAUGCCUUUACUCCUCCGCCACCACUUUCGGAAGAUUCCAUUCAAAAAGUCAAUGGCCUCUUUGAACAAAUCUUGCAUUUGGACAUGGUCGAAGUUCAUUUGUUGACCAUGGUGGUCAAUGAAGAGUUGGGCAUCAAAUGGAACCAGGUUCAAGCAGCGGGUGCGGGACCCAUUGGAGGUGCUGCUGCAGCGGCGGCUCCUGAAGAGGUAAAGGAAGAAAAGCUCUUGAAAGACCUAAAGUUGGUCGGCUUUGACGCCAAGGCCAAGAUCAAGGUCAUUAAAGAGGUGAGAUCGAUUGCGGGUCUUGGUUUGAAGGAGGCCAAGGAAUUGGUGGAAUCUGCUCCCAAGAUUAUUCAAAAGGAACUCAAGCCAGAAAAGGCCGAAGAACUCAAGGCACAAUUGGAAGCUGUGGGUGCUCAAAUAGAAAUUUCUUAA